GUAAAUGCAUUGCGUUUGCAAAGGGCAUUAGCGAGGCCAAAAGCCGAUUCCUGGAAAUGUCUCUUUGUUGUCUCAGCUGAAGUCUUCAAUCCAACCAUGAACUGGGCUUCGUUUUAUGCCGUGAUCAGUGGCGUGAACAGGCAUUCGACGGGCAUCGGACGCAUCUGGCUGUCGGUCAUCUUCAUCUUCCGGAUCAUGGUGUUGGUCGUGGCGGCUGAGAGCGUGUGGGGAGACGAGAAGUCUGGGUUUACGUGCAACACUCAACAGCCCGGCUGCAACAGCGUGUGCUACGACCAGUUCUUCCCCAUCUCUCACAUCCGCCUCUGGGCUCUGCAACUCAUCCUGGUCUCCACACCGGCCCUGCUGGUCGCCAUGCACGUCGCACACCGCCGGCACAUCGAGAGAAAGAUCCUCAAGAUGUCCGGCCGGGGAAGUGAAAAGGACUUCGAGAACAUAAAGAGACAGAAGUUCGAGAUCGCCGGUGCUCUGUGGUGGACUUACAUGAUAAGCAUCAUUUUCCGGAUCAUUUUCGAGGUGGUUUUCUUGUACAUUUUUUACUACAUCUAUCCAGAUGUCAAGAUGUUUCGUCUUGUGAAGUGUGACUCCUACCCCUGUCCCAAUACGGUGGACUGUUUUGUGUCCCGUCCCACAGAGAAGACCAUUUUUACUGUCUUCAUGCUGGCGGUGUCUGGAGUUUGUGUCUUGCUAAACAUCGCAGAGGUUGUGUAUUUAAUAGGUCGGGGCUGUAUCAAAUAUUUUCAAGGAACUGUAAGUCAACCUAGAGGACCGUGGCUCUCUCAAAAACUGCCCACCUACAAGCAGAAUGAAAUAAAUCAGCUGAUAUCAGAGCACUCGUUCAAGCCUAAAUUCAAUGUUGGGCGUAAACCUCCCACAGACAAGAGCGAACGCUGCUCUGCUUUCUAGACUUGUUUCAUCCAACCAUCAGUUAUUAAAGGGAUAGUUCACCCAAAAAUUAAAAUGAUGUCAUUAAUGACUCA